UCCAGUUAGUUGUCCAGACCAGUAACACAACAAUGGCAGCUUAUUCACUCCUUUCCUCACUCUUCCUCCAAUCCCCUUCCCCUUCCUCCCCGUAUUCAAGCUUCCCAAACAGAACACCCAAGCUCCCUCCCCUUCCUUCCCUUUCUCUCUCUCCCGCCCCAACGCCUUCUUUUCUCUCUCCAUCCAGCAAACUUUCCCUCUCUUCCCUCCACAAUCUCAUUUAGUGGACCCAAAGUAAUACUGCCAGUAACUCUUGUGAUAGUAAUCGUUAUUUUGCUUCAGCUUUAGAUUCCUUGUUUCUUCUCUGCACGUCCCUUGCUCUAUCUUUCUCCCUAUUUGUAACCGAUGUGGGACCCGCCUCAGCCUUUGUUGUAUCCACUCCCCGGAAGUUACAGUCCGAUGAGUUGUCCACGGUUCGUCUUUUUCAAGAAAACACUCCCUCCGUUGUUUACAUCACCAAUCUCGCCGUCAGGCAGGAUGCUUUCACAUUGGAUGUGUUGGAGGUACCACAAGGAUCCGGGUCGGGUUUCGUUUGGGAUAAAGAUGGUCACGUUGUCACCAAUUAUCAUGUGAUCCGUGGUGCUUCUGAUCUCAAGGUUACUCUUGCUGACCAGUCAACUUAUGAUGCAAAAAUUGUUGGAUUUGACCAAGACAAGGAUGUUGCUGUAUUGCGUGUUGAUGCACCCAAAGACAAACUAAGGCCUAUACCUAUCGGAAUAUCAGCAGAUUUGCUUGUUGGCCAGAAAGUAUAUGCUAUUGGCAACCCUUUUGGACUUGAUCAUACUCUUACAACUGGAGUUAUCAGUGGGCUUCGCAGAGAAAUAAGUUCUGCUGCAACUGGCCGCCCAAUUCAAGAUGUAAUUCAGACAGAUGCUGCUAUUAAUCCUGGUAACAGUGGAGGGCCACUCCUAGAUAGUUCAGGAAACCUUAUUGGGAUAAAUACUGCUAUAUAUUCUCCUUCCGGUGCAUCUUCUGGUGUUGGAUUUUCAAUUCCAGUUGAUACGGUAGGUGGCAUUGUUGAUCAGUUGGUGAAGUUUGGGAAGGUGACAAGACCUGUUUUAGGGAUUAAAUUUGCACCGGAUCAAUCUGUCGAACAGUUGGGAGUAAGUGGUGUGCUUGUCUUAGAUGCUCCUGCAAGUGGUCCAGCUGGCAAGGCGGGCCUGCAACCAACGAAGCGUGAUUCCUAUGGUAGACUUAUUUUGGGUGAUAUAAUAACAUCUGUUAAUGGAAAGAAGGUUACUAGUGGCAGUGACUUGUACAGAAUUCUUGAUCAAUGCAAAGUUGGCGAACAGGUUACUGUGGAGGUGUUGCGCGGUGAUCAUAAGGAGAAGAUCCCUGUAAUUCUUGAGCCAAAGCCAGAUGAGUCAUGAAAUGUCUUUUGGUAUGCUGUGUAUACUUAAAAACAGUAGAUAUACAAGGAAAUGUUAUUAUUUAUUAACUAUUCCACUGGAAAUGGUCCUGUUGUACA